UGCGCCGCUCAUUUUGGCCCCGUCGGAUGGAUUCUGAUCGGGAGCCGUGAUCAGACGGUGGCCGGUCCUGGGCUCGGGUUCGGCUCUCGGAUCUCUCCCGUCCAUGGACGCAUGACGAAAUAUCCUUUUUAUGGUCUGCACGAUACCAUGAAACACAGAGUGUGAUGUUGAGACUGAGCAUGUUGCUGAGCUGCAUCUUCAUGACGAACUCAGCACUGGAGGAGAAAAGUCUGGGCGGCGUGGAGAAACGCGAGGCAGCCGCCGCAGCAGCCGCCGCCGCCGCCGCCGCCGACUUCGACAAAUACGCCGUGACCUGCUACAUUUGCGUGAACGUGUCCGACAACCCGAUCUGCAACCAGUUCGCCAUCGACAAGCCGUGCAAGCCGGGCGAGACCUUCUGCCACACGCUGCACAUCAUGGACUCCAAAGGCACGAGCGUGUUGGUCAACAAGAAGUGCUCCACGGACAAGGAGUGCCAACGCACCAAAGUGGGAUGCGUCGAGAUCGACGCCCAACUAAUGUGCGUGUCCUGCUGCGACCAGAACUACUGCAACAGCGACGUGCCCACCAACUCCAGCACCGCCACCUACGACGACAAGAUCACCAAGAUGCGGAUGCUGGCCAAGAACCUGUUCACGGAGAGGGAGAAGGCGCUGACGACGACGCUGAAGGAGUCCAACGUCGCCGCGACCGCUCCGCUCUCCGUCUCCCUCCUCCUCCUCCUCCUCCUCCUCCUCCCCCUCCUCAUGGGAUUGGAAUGUCGGUUGAUGAUGAUUUGAUUUGGCAACUGUUGUAAAUAUACGAAACUGACUGACAACUACUUUUGUACAUACUGUAUGAUGUCUGGCGUUGCGUUUUUCAGUACCUGCUCUAUUCAAUCUCCAUUUAUUUUUAUACGCGAUUUUACAUGCCACCGUUUCCCUUCAUUUCUAUUUAAGGAAAAACUAAUCAGUUCAUUGUGAUAAUUAUUUUUCGAAUAAAUUUAUAUCAUUCUAGGUGUUAAUGAGAUGGCCGUGGUGCUCGAAGCAGAGGGUUUUUAACGUUUUUAUGGAUUUAUGGAUUUAUGGAUGUGUGGACGACGAGGAGUGCCGCAAAUUCUGUUAACUAGUUCAUAGUUUAGAGAGAUAUGUUUUCCUGUAGAUAUUCUAUUCAAUUUUUGUAUAUAACUCACUACGAUAUUCAGUUGUUGCGAUUUCAACAAAUAAAUACGAAAUUGUUUUGA